UUCAAACCGUAAAGCGGGGCCGGCUGACUUGCAUGAACAUGCAGAACAAGAAGACCAAAGCUAUAGGGCCGACAUUUCGGUCUCCUCCUGUAUGCUCUUACACCCCAAUCCUUGACGUCAAUACUAUAUUGCUGCAGCAGUUCUUCGCUCGAGCAACCUCUCGAAAUGUCUGCUCAACAGCCCAAGCGUGCAUCAAGCAUCGCGAUUGUUGGCGGCGGUAUCGCGGGUGUUGUUCUAACGAUUGCACUCCUAAAACAUUGCCCUCAUCUUCAGAUCACUUUGUAUGAGUCGGCUUCAGCAUUCGGCGAGAUUGGUGCAGGUGUCGGCUUCCAGCCGGUUAUGGUACGCACCAUGGCAUUGAUCGAUCCCCGCAUCGCUGCCGCGUUCGAGGCGUGCAUCAAGGGUAAUGAAGAAACGGAUCCUCCACUGUGGUUUACAGUACGCGUUGGCGACCAGAGGAAGGAGAAUGUCACUAUCGGUGAAGAGGUGUUCAAGAUACCAAGUCGCAUCGGGCCAAGGGGAGGUGUGCACCGCGCGCACUUCCUAGCAGAAUUGGCCAAACUAAUUCCAGAUGGAAUUGCAAAGUUCAGGAAGAGAGUUCUCAACAUUACAAAGGCUGAGGGUAGCUCGGAAGAUGAUGCGAUACUGCACUUCGCGGAUGGAAGUAGCGCACAGCAUACAGCGAUCUUUGGCUGUGACGGUAUAAAAUCUCGCAUUCGGCCCAUCGUUCUUGCCGAUGCAAGCCCAGCUGCAGCCGUCUUCUCAGGGAAGUGUGCGUAUCGCGGUCUUGUCCCAAUGGAUAAGGCUAUAGAGAUUCUAGGGAAAGACGAGCCUUUGACACCUCAGCUACAUCUGGGCUAUCAUGGGCAUGUCCUGACAUUUCCAAUCGCCAAUGGCAAAAUCUUGAAUGUGGUUGCCUUUUCAUCUCGAUCGACUUGGGAAGACUCCACAUGGGUGGUGCAAGCGUCCGAAGAAGAUAUGCUGAACGAUUACAAACAUUGGAGUCCGAAGGUGCGCGCGUUGAUGGCCAACGUGCAAUCCCCGGACAUCUGGGCGCUGUUCGAUCAUCCACCGGCUUCGAUAUACUACCGUUCUGACCCACUGGUAUGUUUGGUCGGUGAUGCCGCGCAUGCUUCAACGCCGCACCAAGGCGCUGGUGCAGGUAUGUGUAUCGAGGAUGCUUAUAUAUUGAGUCAAUUACUCUCCACGUGUCGUUCGAGGUACAGUCUAAAACUUGCCUUGCAGGCUUACGAUGCAGUGAGAAGACCGAGAAGUCAGAUGUUGGUCGAAACAAGCAGAGAAGCGGGGAUGCUUUGGGACUUUGAGGGUAAAAGUGUGGGCGAUGAUCUGAUCGCACUCGAGAAGAACGCGACGACGAGGAUGAGCUGGAUUUGGGAUCAUGAUAUACAGUCGGAUCUUAGACGUGCAGAACUAAUGAUGACUAUGGGAGGCUCAGUAGACGUGGAAUAGAGUGCUGUUGCGGUCACAGGAACUCGCUUGGUACGUGACGUCACUGAUGUCAUUGCCGCUUCUUUCUGACCCAAACAAGCAUCGUCACCUCACUGAUCUUAUGUACGUAUAGUCAAUUCCAAUACCACAGUCAAGUCGCGC